ACAGUUUUUAAAAUUUCAAUUGAGAACGGAUUCGCAUUAAACUGAGGUCUAAAAUUAAUGGAUUGUGACCGUUAUGUUAAUCGAACAUGGAGCAAAUCAACAAUUACACAACUCUUUGCCUGAUCGACAAUUUCGGAUGUACCCGAUCUGUCGAUGAUGGAACCUUAUACCUUUGCUUUAUUGGCAACUGUAUUUUUGAGACAGCAGAUCUGGGAGAACUUCUCUCGCAUUUAGAUGUACACAACGAAAAGUGGUUUGGAUUUUGCCAUUCAUGUAACGAUCAGAUCCAUGACAAUAAAGUGUCCCUGCUGGUAGAGUUACAACAUUGGAACAAAUGCCAUCGGAAUGAAAUUGGAUUUAGCGUGGUCUUUCAGCCUGACGACAAACGGAACAAAUUAAGAGAAGCGGUAGAUAAUGCCAGAGUGAAACUACUUGCCAGUGACGAUGAGUCCGAUUUUCAAUUCAUUUGCCUGAAACCUUGGAAUAAUACAGCGCCUGAAACUCAAAAGAAAUGCAGGAAAAUGUUGAGCAAAGGAUGUCUGUACGCUUUGUACAAAUGUAUGGACAGAAAUUGUGCGUUUUACACUUCAUGCGAUCAGGGUAUGUUAAGCCAUUUGGAAUAUCAUGAAAAAUGUGCUGCCAAUACUGCCAUUGCUGAGCUGUCUUGGCUUGAGUGUGCUUAUUGUGAUGUCGUUAGUGACACAUGUUCGUCGUUGGUUCAACAUAUUCGGGAAGAGCACAGAUCAAGUGCAUACCAAUGUCCAUACUGCUUUUACAGAAGCUGUACGGCAUGUAACGUCCUUUAUCAUUUGAAAACUUUCCAUGAAUCUCGUGCCAGUUCAGUCCUGGUUUGUCGAGCAGCAAAGAAAUUUCAUCCAGCUGAGAGAACGGUCGUCCAGAAGAGUCGAUCGAACUAUGUUUUCCCUCUACGUUGUUCUGAAGUCUGCAAUGAAAUCACCUACCGGAUGGACUAUUUCAUAAAUCAUUUGAAGACUGCUCACGACAAUCACUUUAAAUGUCAAUUUUGUGGAUUGAACAUUCCGAUACUGGAAGCUAUUCAGCACUUGUCGGUUCAUAACAUUGGAGUAUAUCAGUGCAUAUACUGCCUGUGCGGAGCAAAUGACAUAGAUAGUAUCCAGAGUCACAUGUGUCACGCGCACCCAGCUCGAUUGCCAUACAUUUGUGUUAGGCUGACAAGAAAAAAUCGAAUUCUGCGUGACGACGAACUAACAUCGGCUGAUUCAACGUUCAUUUCAAAGCUGUCUCAUAAAGUGCAUUCGAAGUGGCUCAAAAUGUGUCCAUACACUGACGAAGAAUUGCUUAACAAUCCGCUCGGUCUAACAACGGUAGAACCCAUUCCACGUCCACCACUUGAUUUCAGUGAAAAUUCAAGCCUGAUCGACAAUGACUUACCGUUCGAUGGACAAGAUGUGGUGAGUUACGACGACCUGAAAAGGGAUUACUCAAACGACAACUGGAAUGAAUACUUCACAACAAUUCGACCGAUUGACGGUAUGUCGGAGAGUAAAGUGGAUGUUGACGAAGGUUUUGGAGAUGACACGUGUACCAAUACAACGAUCUCACAAAUGGACAGAAGUGAACCGGAUAGUGUACCAGACGAUGAAACAGAUGAAAAUUGUUCGGAUGCUAACCUGAUAAUGGAUGUGCCACAUUUGCCCGUGGUGCAUAGUGAAGAGCGCAAACCUGCGAAUCGGGACAGUGGUUUGUCUAUUUUGGAUGAUGUCUCUCAGUCAAUAUGUUCGUCGAGACUGGAUAAACCGAAAGUGGAACCCAAGUCAACCAUCGAACCAUUCACAAAGUUCAGUGAUCCAAAAUUGCCCGACGUAUUCAGGUACCGGUGUGCCUAUUGUCCCAAACCGUUCAUUAAUCUUCAACCUGUGUACGAACACUGGUACAAAGAGCACGGCAAACCGAAUGUUACGUUUAUGUUCCAGGUAACCAAAAUUUUUAAGUGUUGCUACUGCCGGCACUGCAACACUUACGACGAUCUGAAACGCCACUGUGAACAGAAACAUCCUAAAGAAACUUUUGCCAUAAUCGACAAAAUGAAUCAAAAGAAAUGCGCGCUGUGCACCAGUCUGUUCUGCAAUGCUUCGACUGAACUAAUCGCCGAUCACUUCGAACAACAUCACAAUGUCGCUGGAAUCAAUAAUACGAUCAGAUUGGAGAGCUAUCUGACUGAUGAAUGGCUGGACAAAAUUGUCGCCGACAAAGUUUUCCGUCGAGGUGGUCUGGUCAGCAAUCAGAUCAUGUAUGACUGUCCCUAUUGCCCGACAGCAAGAUGUAAUGACCAAUCGGAAAUGGUGGCACACAUUCGAAAACAUUUUCUACGAUUCAAAUGCAACUGUUGCGACAAAACGUUCGAAAAAAUCGGAUUGCUGGAAAAGCAUCAUGCGAUCACGCACGCAAAGGACAAAGCUUUGAGCGUUGUGAGUGCAAACGAAAAUCUGGGUAACUACUUGGAAAUGAAAAUAAUCUUUCCGAAUGGAUUCAUGCUGACGAAACGGGAGUGCGUCAACACAAGAUUCGGUGCGACGGACGAACUGGUUAAAAUGAUUCAGGAAUUGAAUGGAAGCGACAUGGAAAUUGGUCUGGCAAAACCGGCGCAGAGAAUUUCCAAACCGAAUCCAAUGAUAACACGGUCGAAGGGAACGGCAGAGAGGGCACGGUCUUCAUCAUCGUCCAAACUGAAUUGUGGAUGUAGCGACGACGUUGAUCGUAGAAAGAGUCGUUUACGUCCCAGAUCGGUGGAGACAGGGAAGAAAAAGGAGUGGCCAAUGAUGCCAUGUGGUGUCACAACGAGAAAGAGGAGCAAUCAAAGCAAGACAGGAAAAUGAAAUUCUGGUGAUUCGUUUCUGACUGAAUUUUAUUUUUGCAACUUUUUUUUAAUUUAAGAAACUUACACUCGAACCAUUUAAUAAUUUUAAGGAUACCUUAUGCAUAACAUACCUCGCUUGUUGCCUUUGUCGUUAAUAAAAAAAAGCACGAAGCUCUG